UGCAGAAGUGUGCGCAGCCCGGCGCAUACCCGAGCAGACCCCUGUGGAAGGAGUACAGAGGUAAAGUCAAGGAUUUUGUACUUGGUAACAAUGUAAGAAACUAAACAGUUUUGAAAACAAAUCCCAGCUGGACUACAGUGGAUGCUCCACUUCGCUUCAUUGUUAACUUUUUUGUUUUGGACAAGGUGAAUAAGAUAAAUCAUGGCAAAGGUUUUCAGUGAGCGCCUCUCCUUGGAGCGCAGUUUACGCACGGCUGUUUGGGCGCUCCUGCUUUGCGCACAGGCCGGGUUUGGCUUCUCAGUCGCCGGACAGCAGGAGAGCACCUGCGAGGCCAACGGCAGCUUAUACUACGUCGGGGAAUGGUAUUUUCUGGACUCUGAUCACUGUACCCAGUGUGAGUGCACUGCCGAGGGCUCCGCAUGUGCCCGUACUGAGUGCACCUCCCUCCCUGCUGCAUGCAUCCAUGUCAGCCACUACCCCACCGACUGCUGCCCUAGGUGCGAGAAGAUCGGCUGUGAGUACCGAGGUGUGGUAUACGAGCUGGGGCAGAAUUUCCAGCCAUCAGAAUGUGAGCAGUGCACUUGUGACAGUGAUGGUAUUGCCCGCUGUCUGGUUGCAGAUUGUGCCCCUCCACCAUGUGUCAACCCUGUCUACGAGCCGGGAAAAUGCUGCCCUGAAUGCAAGGAGGGACCCAACUGCUACGCUAACGCCUCACGCAGUCAGGUGAUUCCUGCAGGAGAGCCCGUCUGGGUCGACUCCUGCACCAAGUGUCGCUGUCACGAUGGCCAGGACGCCGGCUACUGGGAGGGAAACCGCCUUGCCACCUGUUCCCGCCUCAAAAAUUGUACACCUGAACAACGGUCCACCCAGCAAAACUGAUUCACUCCGUCAGCAGAGAACCAGCUGUCUUCCCAAAACACAUAUUUCUUAAAGGAUGAUCAGCUGUACACCUUCUAUGUCUAAGACCGUGCUGAACCCUACUCUGUGGCUGAAAAUGUCAUCUUAAAUGCCAUACGUAACGGAUCAUCUGCAACCACAGAAAUGAUUGGGAACAGCAACCAAAGACUUUAAGCUCAGCUGCCAUUCCACAAGGAUAAUCCAUCCUAUAUUUUCAUGACACUGAGGAGACCCACUGAGUUUGUCACUUUGGUGGACAAUGAUGGGCCAUCACCUUUCCUCAUCUGUUCUGCAAAUCACAAACAAGGGCGAAAUUCAAGGCUGGAGGUCAAUGCUCCGGGUUCACUGUCACAUGUCAGUGGGUUUUUGGCAAUUCGAUUCACUGCAGACUUGCAAAACUAAACUACAGUAUCAACAAAAGCAGGUCCAGUGUUAUUAUCUAAAGCUGUGGUCCUGCCAGUGUUGUUAUUAGUUUACUUCAUUUUGUGCUCAGGUGGUGCAUAUUCCUAAAUAAGAUUGCGUUUAAUUAGUUCAUUUAACUACCACAAACUAACUCACAUGCAGGCGCCUCAGGCCCAGCGUAGACUUACUGGUUGGUGCAUGCACAGAGGGCGGCUGGUGGAGGCGCCCAACACCAAACUGUUUCAACCCAUGACCCCCCCGCCCCCCCCGACAACAGGUUCAUCUGGCCAUGACAAAUUUAUGUAAAGACGAGCAGAUAAGACUUCAUCUUGCUGGCUGAGAAGAUGAAUAGUAGCUCUUGAAAACCAAUGUAAACAGUGACGUUAGGCACAGGAAAACAGGACCAAAGCUAUCUUCAUUUAACACCACGGUGCAGUGUUGUAAAAAUAAGAUGUUUGCCAACUCCCAUUGUGCCUAACAUCUAUAUUUCCACAGAAAAAUCCCUAAUCCAUAAUUAAGCAAAUCGACCCCGCACCAGGUAUUUGUGUUUGUAUAUUUUAUCUGCUUGUAGACAGUUACUUCAAGAAGGCUGACUACAGUAGAUCAUUUUCGAUCUUAGAGAGUAGUGGGCUUUUUAUACACCUUAAAAACCCAGAUGAUAUGAUUUUUUUUUUAAAUUUCCAGACACCUGCUUUGAGAAACAGCUUACAAUAAAGCCAGUGUGAUUACUGGAUGAUAAGGAGUUGUAACUGACCUGUCACGGGUUGAUGCAGUACCAAAAUGAAUGCACAGCUGUGAUGCAAUUUAGACUAGGAAACGGCUUAGCAAAGCAAUUAACAGUUUGUAAGUGUUCUAUAAACUUUAAAGUUCAAUUUCCAUGCUAAUUGAAAUAUAAUGAAUGAGACUAUGGCCUAACAUAUGACUGUACAGUAGUUGUAGACACGGGCAAUAUUGGAACACAGUGUUUCAUUUAAUGGACUGUUAUUUGUACAUUUAAACUGUAGUGCAAGAAAAACGAUAUGUAAUUUACUGCUUUAUUCAUUUUUUCACUAGAAAAUAUGUGUAGCUUUUCACAGAGACAGCCUUCCCUGUUAUUCCCACUGUCAAAGCAUAAAAUGAUCAUUUACUGUGCUCAGAAUCAAAGUGUAUGAUGAAAUGUUGCAUGAAGUAUACUGUCAUUUUAUAUAGGCUCAUGUGCAGCAGAUCUGUCUACAAGAAUCUGUUAUCAUGUAUCACGUUAAUCAUGAGGGACCUUUGAAUGAAAACCAAAAAUAAUCUUGUUAUAUGUUUAUAUGCAGUGUUGAAGCGUAUUAUGGCUUUUUUAAAAAACAUUUAAAACAUCCGAGCUGUUUCCGCAUGAAGUACUGUUAUAACUGACAAGUUUCACGGCCUUAAAUCUCCCUGAAAGCAUUUUUUUAUGCAAGGUUUCGGAUUAAGUAUAAACUUUCAGGGUUAUAAACACUUUAAAUCAUUUUGUCAGACGACAUCAUGAAAUUCAACCGGGGUAUAAAUGAGACUGAGUCAGAUUUGAGAGCUGCUCUUCCACAGCUAUCAUGUUAAUUCAUGAAUUAUCAGAGAGAACCACAGUUACAGGAAUAGUCUGACUUCUUGGAAAAUACGCUUAUCUGCUUUCAUGCUGAGGGUGAGCUAAUUAACUCUCAUCUAACUGCUGGUAAGAAAGUGAACACGUAUAUUUCCCAUGAUGUUGAACUUUUCCUUUGAGUGCAGUUUCAAUUUACUGUCUGAAACCAAAGGGAACUGAUAUGAACCGCACGCCCACAUUAUGUAAUGUGUCGUGCUGGUAAUAUACUGGCUCUCAAAAACAUCUUUGUAAAAUAUUCCAAAUUAAAAUACCUUUUCAUGCCCAUUAA